AUGGCUUCUACCUUCGCAGAGCUGAAGGCGACCUUCAAGGGCGACCUCAUCACACCUGAACACCCAGAGUACGAUCAGUCGCUCACGCGCUGGGCCGCAAACUCUCGCCGACGCGCCGCGAUAGUAGCAUUUGUUCGUGAUGCGGCGGAUGUGGCGCUCGCACUCAAGUACGCGCGGGACAACAAGCUGCAGAUCGCCGUGCGUGGUGGAGGGCAUAAUCCCGCAGGCGCGUCAAGCGUGGAGGGAGGACUCGUCAUAGAUCUGUCACGGCAUUUGGCAGGGACGCGGGUGGAUAAGGAGAAAAAGCUCGCGUAUGUUGGCGGAGGCGCGGUCUGGAAGGGAGUGAAUGAUGAGACGAUGAGGUAUGGACUGGCGACGACCGGAGGGACUGUCUCACACACAGGAGUCGGAGGCUUGACUCUGGGAGGCGGAUUUGGCUAUCUGAGUGGCUCGCAUGGAUUGGUCGUUGACAAUCUGGUACAGGCUACCGUGAUCACAGCCGAUGGCAGCAUCUUGACGGCGAGUGCGACCGAGAACGAAGACCUCUUCUGGGGUGUUCGUGGCGGCGGUUCAAACUUCGGCGUGGUCAGCGAGUUCGUGCUCAAGUUGUACCCUCAACGCCCCACGAUACUUUCAGGCUUUGUAGUGUGGCCGGCAUCCGAGCUUCAGAAGGUCAUGGACGUGGUAGUGGCCAGGCAUGGUCGACCGAGAGACGAGCGAGAGUCGUAUCUCGUCGCCUUCACCACAUCGCCUGGUCCCAAGCAUGCACCAUGUGUGCUGCUGUUACCAUUCUUCAAUGGGACCGAGGAGGAAGGCCGCGAGCACUUCAAGGACUUCUUUGACAUUGAACCUAAGAUGCUGAACACGAUACGCACUAUGCCCUACGAAGAAGUCAACACUCAGCUCGAUGACAUGAACCCCAUUGGCAACAACUACUACCUCAAGAGCGUUGACCAGCUGAAGCCCGACAUUCAGAUUGGCAAGGACGUCGCAGAGACCACCUGGAAGCUCUGCACCGAGACAGGCCAACACAUCACAUACAUCUUCGAGUUCUGGAACCUCGAGAAGAUCAACAAGGUGCCGAUCGAGGCCACGGCGUUUCAACGCACGCCGCGCUUGUCGUCGCUAGUGAACAUCCAGUACAAAGAGGAUACACCAGAACAGCUUGCGGUUGCGCGCAAGUCAGCGGAGACACUCACGAAGAUUGUCACGGCUGCAGAGGGUAACGAGAACGUCAACAACGGGUACGCGAACUACAAUAGCGAUGCGCCAGCACUCAUCGACCCCAACACCGACGAGGGUGUUCUCUCUGAGACCAAGACGCAUGCCUUGUUCGGAAGCCAUCAUGCGAAGCUCGCGGCGCUGAAGCAGAAGUACGAUCCCAACCUUGUGUUCAAUAAGUGGUAUGUGAUCAAGCCGGCGGGUGCCGAGGCCACGUAG